UCACCUCCCCACCUCCCAGGGUCAUCAGGGUCAUCCCUUUACCCGCUGGGCUUAACCCUGCUCCCGGCUCACCCCACCAGCCUCCUGCCCAAGGCGGCCCUGUGCACCUCCCGGCAGAUGGAGCAGCCCAGGCUGCCAGGGCGGGAAGGGUCAGGGCCCAGCCUGGGACACUGGGGAGGUGGCGUGUCGUCCCCCACCCGCCUCUAGAGAGGAACUGCGUUCCAGAAACGAGCUCAAGAUGUUGGUAGUGUUUGAAGCUCGUGACACUAACUGUAAUGUAAGAGAAAUGCAUGACAAACGUGUGUGAAUCAAACAUUUUUUACCAGUUAAAACAGUGGAAAACUCUCCAAGUAGUUUGUGCUCUCAAACACGGUAGUCUCUGCUGGGUAGAGGCUGGGCUCACGUGGAGAACUUUGCCCCAGAAGGGGCUUCGAGGUGUGUGAGCUCCUGCCAGACCCACUUCCUUCCUGGGGCCAUAACCUCAGCCUCACCUCCUGCCCUCCUUCCUGGCCCAGGGCAUGCCCUGAAUGUGUGCAGCUUGAGUCACCCCAAGUUGACCGUGCAGCUUGAGAAUGAGGGGUGAUCCAGCUGAGUUGCUGUGGCCUCUCAGGAUCUUGGGAACCCCAUCUUUGGUUCCCGCCCCACGGCCCCACCCUCCCAAGGAGGGAAAAGGCGGCUGCCAAUGUCUCAACUCAGGCACUGGGACCUGGAGCUUGGAGGGCCAAGAGGACUGGCUGCUGCCACUGCCACACAACCACUGCAGGCUGGGCCAUGGACCCCCACGAGAUGGUUGUCAAGAACCCCUAUGCCCACAUCAGCAUCCCCCGGGCUCACCUGCGGCCUGAGCUGGGGCAGCAGUUAGAGGUGGUUCCCUCCUCCUCCUCAUCCUCGGAGACACAGCCUCUGCCUGUGGGGCCCUGUGCCCCUGAGCCAACCUGCCUCCUGCAGCCUACUGAGGUCCCAGAGCCCAAGGGGGCCAAGGGGGCUGUCCCUGCCCAGAGCCAGCAGGCCUGGCAGCAGCCCUGCAACCCCUCCAGCAGUGGGCAGCGCCCACCGGGACUGACCUAUGCUGGCCUGCCGCCUGUGGCACGCGGCGAUGACAUCGCUCACCACUGCUGCUGCUGCCCCUGCUGCCGCUGCUGCCACUGCCCCCGCUUCUGCCGCUGCCACAGCCGCUGCUGCGUUGUCUCCUAGCCCUGCCAGGACCAGGACCCAGCCUCUGCCCCAGCCUGGGCACUGCCCAGAUGUGCAGGUGGCCACAGUCAGAGGCAUGAGCCACUUCCAGCCUGGGACCAGCCCUCCCACCAGGAAGGCUGCGGCUCAGACCGGGCCCCUGAGAGGGAGUCCCAGGCACUGGCCGUGAUGGGACACCUUUGACCACUUUCAGGCCAAUAAAGCAGGGUGAGCUUUGUCCUGGUGACUCUUGUCUUUUGCUGCAGGCCCCUUCCAGAAGGAGUCCCAGGCUGCAUGACAGCAUCUGCUCCCACUGCGUGCACGCCACACACACGCACA